CGGGCUUUAGGACCCAUCCGCGCGACUCUCCUCCUGACGUCCAUGGGCUCUUUAUGUUUACAGCGAGAAUUGUAUGGCAGGAUUUUUCAACAUCAAAUAUUUAUACAUCAUUUGCAUCGAUACAAACGUUACAAUGGAGACCGAGAUCCUGUGACACAGUUAUUUGGAUGGAGUCCUCGCAGGGCACAGGGGGUCACUCCCGCGAGUACAAAUUGGUGAUGUUAGGAGAGGGGGGUGUGGGCAAAAGUGCCAUCAUCAUGCAGUUUAUAAGUCACAGAUUUCCUGAAGAUCACGAUCCUACUAUCGAGGAUGCUUAUAAAACGCAAAUCCGCAUAGACGAUGAGCCAGCAAACCUGGACAUCUUGGACACAGCAGGACAGGCAGAGUUUACGGCGAUGCGUGAUCAGUAUAUGCGAGCCGGUGAAGGUUUCAUCAUCUCUUACUCCAUCACGGACCGCCGCAGUUUCCAAGAGGCUCGGCACUUUAAGCAGCUGAUCUACCGGGUUCGACGCACCGUGGACACGCCGGUCGUACUGGUGGGAAACAAGUCUGACCUGACCCAUCUCAGACAGGUGUCAGUAGAGGAGGGCAAACAGCUGGCGAGAGAGUUCCAGUGCCCGUUUUUUGAGACCUCCGCAGCUUUCCGUUAUUACAUUGACGAAGUGUUUGCCGCGCUCGUCCGUCAGAUCCGCCAGCACGAGAUGGAGAUGGUGCGGGGGAGCGAGAGGAAAACUCGACGCAGCCGUUCCUUAUGGAAUCGCCUUAAAGCACCCUUCCUCAAGACACAUCGGUCCAAGCACUGAGAAGAGGAUCAUGGGAUAUGACACCCUUCCACGGGCCGCAGCUGUAUUAGAUCAACCUCCUCCUGGUGGUUUGAACUGUUAGAAUAAUUUAUAUUUGAUUUCUCGAAAUGAAGCACUCCUAAUCAUUUUAUAAGUCAGAUAGACUACAACCCUCAAUGUGCAGGGCAACACACUCACGGUCAUCAUACGGGACGUGGGCUUAUUUACUUUAGCACUUAGGAAAGAAAUAGUAGUGUCUUUUUUGGACAGCAUUAUACUUUGUAAAAGUGAAUGUCUGGGGGGUUUUGUACAUCAUAAGUGAUGGAAAGGCAGGUCAGAAUAAUGAUAUGUAUAAUGGAUAGAUAGACUGAAGUUAGGUGGAAUGGUAAGGUUAUGUCAGAUGUUGGUGAAAAUGAAGGUUAAAUGAGCUUUAACUGAAAGUUUAAGGUAUGUUGUGAAGAGAAUAGAGGAAACAGUGUGGGUGCAGAGAUGAAUUGUGGGUAAAUAGGCUGAAGUAGAAAUAUUAACUUUAUUUGCAGGUAAAAUGAGUACUGUAAACAAUUCAUUUAACCUUGCUGUAGUUUUUGAUACAUUAAAAAAAACUGGCAGUAGUUUUUAUUUUAAAAUGAGGUCCAGGUUAUAGUUGAUUUAGAGUUUGGUUUAGUAGCUUCUUUCAAAAAUAUGGGGAAAAAUCACAAAACCAUGUUUUGGUCACAUUUCACCCUAUCCAAAAGAUUCAGUUAUUACUUACAUCCAGAACUAUUAUGAGAAGAUAAUACACUUUUGAGAUCAUUAAAAUUGUUUGCAUUGUGACAUUAUUGUCAUAAGAAGUAGGAAGAUGUUUCCUAAAAAAAAAUGUUAUCAGUGCGCCCAAAUAUUUAAAUAUUUUACUCAUUUUCAUUAAUCUUAAGAGUGAUUUUCUGUGUAUUUUUAGUAUCUAGUAGUACAAACAAAAUCAGUAAUACAAUGUUACUUUUUGACAGAAAUUAAAUUAAUACAACACAUACUAUGCUGUUUUAAUAUUUUACAAUUAUAUAAAUAUAUAAUUUUCACGAGGGUAAGCAUAUAUGCAUUAAAAUGCAAAAAGAAACUUUUUUUGUCCUAGAACGGGUUACUUAUUUCUUUUUGAUUCAAGGGUGAAAUAUGAGCAUGACAUGUUCAGGUUUCGUGAGUUUGACCCAAUAGGAAUGUUUUUAGUGGAAACUUUAUUUAAGCUGUAUGAAGUAUAGUUGCAAACUACACUGUAUGAAUGACUUUGUGAAAACUUGCUGAGCAAUAUUCAGGUUCAUUUUAGUGCAGAAUUUUCAGAUUGACAGACCUGAUUAUGAUGGAAAACAAAAUAGUUUUCUUUUCAGACAGGGUAUUUUUUAAUUCCACUGGUUUCUGUAGUCAGUCUGUACUAGGUAAGACAGUUCUGUACCUCUUUAAUAUGGCUUUUGAAGAUGAAUCCUUAUGUAUAUUUACUCUGUGCACUUACUACCCAUCAAAACUGAAUGGAAUGUGUGUUUAUUUUGACAUUUCAUGCAAAUCUAUGUCAUUAUUUUUAUUUUGUGUGAUAGAUUUUAUUUUUAACCAGAAUGGUCUUACUAUGUUGCCCUUUAUUUAUUGUCAUCAGAGAUUGUCAAAUAAAAUUCACUUUACCAAUCUA